AUGAGCGAAAGCCACCGAUUCAGCGACCAGACGCACGGGGUAGGCGUAGCAGCCAUGUUCCCAGACCAAGUGAAGCAAAAAACAUUUCUCCUAGCAGGCCUCAAAAAAGGCGAUUUAGCCGCAACAACAGCCGACGCCCUCGCCUACGGCGGCGCAGGAAAAAUCAUAUUCAUAGGCCUCUCCCAGCGAGAACUCCAACCAGUAAUCGACCACCUCAACCGCAAACACCGCAAUGUGAAGAUGCUUUUCGUCCCCACCGAUACGGCCAGCCUAUCUUCAGUCCGUGAUGCAGCGAAUACUAUUAAGAAGAUGGGCGUGUCUAUCGACGGCUUCGUUGGGUUUCCGACGGUUAUGGCUGUGCCCUGGGAGCUAACAGAAGAUGGAAAUGAAUCCCAUUUCCAGCAGAACUACCUCGCCUAUUUCCUUUUAAUUCGACUGUUGUUAGAUUGUAUGUCGCCGACUUCUAGGGUUGUUCUUGUUACGGCGAGUUUGCGGACAGAGGCGUCUGCGCCGACGUGGGAGGAUGUAGGGUUUGCUGGUGGUGAGACGUAUCAUUGUCUCGACGGGUUUGCACAAUCUAUGCUGGCGAAUAUCCAGUUCGUCAAGUCUCUUGCGAAAAUAGGCAAGGAUCGAUCCAUAUCUGCGUUUUCUGCAAACCCAGGAAACACAAAAGCCAACGUCCAGACAUACGUCGCAUGGGAGGAGAUAUCCUCCUGGUUGCAACGGCGAAAAGAAGCGGGUGAAGACCUUCCAAUCCUAUUGCAACAAGCGCCGAAAUCUCUCGCUCAGGGUAGUGCCACUGUACUGCGUGGAUUGCUAGACCCAGACUUGGAAGAAUCGUCUGGCGCCUUUCUAGAUCAUUGCCAAGCCGUCACUUUACCGUAUCUUGACUUUCCGGCGGGCGAGGAGAGUGCAGAGGCGUUGUGGCGCCGUAGCCAAGAGUUGGUCGAGGCGUUUCUUGGCUAA